GACAGAGGUGGCGGGCGGGAGGAGGGUUGGAUGGGGCACGAGGGGCAGGGAGAGUGAGUGGGGCUGACAGAGGCUGGGGCGGCGGAGGGGCGCGCACAGAGUGCGAGGCGCUGAGGAAUGCGGGUGAGAGAGAGGAGGAAACGGGAGGAGUCAGCUGGGGGCCCGGGAGGAGGCAGGAGGGCUGGAGGGGCUCCCCGACUGGAGAAGAGGUCCCCUUGUCCCAUUUUGGAAGCAGAAUGGGGACACUCGUAUGGGGGGGCGCAUUUACCCGGGCGUCUUUCCUGGAAGAGUCCAGGCGGGGACUGGACCCCAAGAAGGAGAGCUGAGUGACCCGGACCCAUCCCGCAGACCCUCUGCCUCCCUGGGCGGAGGCUGUGCGUUCCCCCAAAUGCCCUCCCCUGCCCAUCUGUCUCCCCGCCUGCUUCCCUCGUGUGGCUGCUUCGGAUGUGCACGGAACCUUUAGGCUGAUAGGGGGAUCGGCCUCCUCAUGCGUGGUUUGCCACGAGAAAUAAUCAUCAUGCUUCGAAAUCUGAUUUUAACAACUUGCAGCUAUCCCUUGUUCCAGGAAAAAUCUCUAAAAUUUUUAAUAAAAUCAGCAAGGGAAAUAUUUGAAAUACAAAUUUUUCCAUUUAUAAAACGGAUCGGAAUGUCAGAGCUACGCACGUUAUCAGCAAAAACUAGGCCCUAGCAUUCAGCUGUGUUACCGAAACUUCCAGAAACCGGGAAGCAGGCAGUGUAGUUAACGUAAUGUAAUAAAUAUCCAAUGAUCAAGGUUCCCAUCUGCCACGGAGUCACGUCCUUUGAACUACAGGACAAUGUCUAUAUACACAAAGCCAUAGGUCUGUGUUCCUUGGGCUUCUGCUGCCAAAGUUCAGCGAGGCGACGUGUCACGGUUAGGUGCCUUCGGUUUGUCCUGUAUCUGCAGUUCCUACUCCUUGGUAUCUGUAGUUUGCCUAACUUGGAGUGGGGACCUGGCCAUGUUGCUGCUGAUGGAGCCAGGACCAUAGCAGAGGGAUGAAGUCACAGUUCAAUGCAGGCCUGUUCGUGACUACACAGUGGCCAAUUCCUGUUUCUGUGGGAGUGACCACCAGCCCUACUGGCUGGGAGGGAGUAAGCGAUGACGGUGUCCAGCGGAAGUUUCCUGAGAAACCCAUGCGUCUGUUCCCGGAGCGGAGAGUCUACCUUCGUCUCACAUGUGCCACAAAGGAUGGCAUGGCCCAGGAGUGCCCCACCACGUGGCUUUCACCCCCUGCAAAGCCAGAUCUUACCCGACAACACAGUGCCAAGCCCACAGCUCUCCAAGGAGAAAGAUGGCCCAGGCUGGGAGCAUGCCCUUAGCAGCAGCCUCUGAUCCCUUGGCCAAGCAGGAGGGAACCAUUAGCAGCCUGAGGAGCUGGCUGGCUGGGAGCCUCAGGGACUGCCCAGCCUUGCUUCCAGCUCAUCUGCAAGAUGUGGACAGCUCUUGUGCUCAUUUGGAUUUUCUCCUUGUCCUUAACUGAAAGCCAUGCGGCAUCCAACAAUCCACGCAACUUUGUCCCUAACAAGACGUGGCAUGGAUUAGUGAAGAGGAAUGCAUCUGUGGAAACACUUGAUAAUAAAACGUCUGUGGGUAUAACCAUGGCAGCAUCUCCUGUCACGUUGACUAAAGGGACUUCCGUAGCCCCCCUCAACUCUACGGAAGACACACCAGAGGACACAAGCAGGACAGAUGUGGGUGAACCAGUAACUUCAGGAGGCGCAGCUGAUGGUGUGGCCUCCAGCGCUCCCACGACUGCGGCCUCCAGCACUUCCAGGUCUGCGGCCUCCAGCGCUCCCACAACUGUGGCUUCCAGCACUUCCAGGUCUGCUGCCUCCAGCAUUCCCACGACGCUCACACCGCCUGGGCCCACGUCCCUGUUCGCAGGGCAGACCCCAUCUACUACCGCUGCCGGGCACCCAUCUCUCAGCACAGCCCUCGUACAAGUGCCAAGUAGCAGCUCGUCGCCAAGAACAGCAGCCCUGGCCACAAUGGCCACACGUGCUCAGACUGUAGCUACCAGAGCAAACACAAGCAGACCCAUGAGCACUCCCAGUCCUUCUGAGUACAUGACCAGUGACACCAUGGCAAGCCCUACACCCGCUACACAUCCCCAAGCACAAGGUCCCACUCGCCAGGUGUCAGUGGAUCAGCCCGUGGUUAACACAACAGAUAGAUCCAUACCGCCCUCAAACACAUCUCCAGAGCCCACUACCACCCACUCUGUGGCUUUGGUGUCCCCCACAGUGGUGACCACCCCCAAGCCACAAUCCAAGGAGCCAACUGCCAGCACAGUGCCAGCACCUCACAUUAGCCCAGUGUCUGAGGUGGAGGCCACGUCCCUCACAACACAGCCAAGCCCCACGCCAUCUACCCCAGGGGCCACUGGGCCACGCACACCCCAGGCACCAGAGCAGGUAGAGACUAAAGCCCCUGCGCCAACACCCAGGAGCUCAGGGGACCCCAAGAUGCCAGCCACGGACUCAUGCCAGCCCAGCACCCAAGACCAGUACCUGGUGGUCACUACCGAGCCCCUCACCCAGGCUGUGGUGGACAAAACAUUCCUCCUGGUGGUGCUCUUACUCGGGGUGACCCUGUUCAUCACAGUCUUGGUUUUGUUUGCCCUGCAAGCCUAUGAGAGCUACAAGAAGAAGGACUACACCCAGGUGGACUACUUAAUCAACGGGAUGUACGCAGAUUCUGAAAUGUGAGGGCGGCGGGGCCUGGCGGGAGGCGGGCCCCUUCCUUGUUCUUUCCUUUUGCCUUUGAGACCAAACCAAGUGCUUCCAAAUUCUUUUGGUGCAGUUUAGGAGAUAUGCCAGAUGCUUAAACACAUUUCAUUGCUGUCAGAUAAUUCCAUGAUCACUAAAGAGUUGCUGCUUUUUUCAUA